GGACCGGAGCCCUGCGGGGGUGACACCGGUCGCCCCGCUCUCCCCACCGGCCGCUGUGCGGGGUGUGUGCGGGCCAUGAGGGCCGGCCCCGGGCUGGAGGCGGCCGGGGGCGAGAUGGCGGCUGCGGGCGGCGAGCGGGAGCGGCAGGAGCGGCUGCGGGAGGCGGCGGCGGUGGGGGACGCGGAGGAGGUGCGGAGGCUGGUGGAGCUGGGGGUCAGCCUCAACUCCCAGAACGAAGUCAACGGCUGGACGUGCUUGCACUGGGCGUGCAAGCGGAACCACGCUGCCGUGGUGGCUUACCUGCUGCACGCCGGCGCCGACAAGGAGAUCUGCACCAAGAAGGGAGAGAGGCCGGCCCAGCUAACCUCAAAGAGAGAGAUAAGGAAGAUGCUGGGAGUGGAAGAUGAUGAGCUCUCAGACUUGACGAAAGAUUCCGAUCUGCCCAUCAUCCCCAAUUACCUGGCGAACCCACCUUUCCCCUACGUCUAUAACACCAUGAGUCACAGUCUUCCAGAUCCCUCCCCGAACGGGAGCAUCUCCCACUCGGAACCGCAAGAUACCGACUCCUCUUCCUUACCAGACGUGGAGAGGUGCCCCUGUGCGGCGUCACAGCGUGGCACUGCUGCUCCCGAGGCGGCUGGCAAGGGGGACAUGCCAUCGCUGCCACCACGCGCGACGCCCAUCCAUCAGAGAGGUCCCCUGUACCCGGGGUCCAUGUCUUGGAGCAGAGGUCCCCCUUCCCCAGCUGGAUCAAAUCAGCCCCUACCUCAGCAAGAGAAUGUGGGGCCUGUGCCGGCAUUUCAGCCCGUUUUCUUCACAGGAGCUUUCCCACUUAACAUGCAAGAACUGGUGCUUAAAGUUAGAAUACAAAACCCUAAUCUUAGAGAAAAUGACUUCAUUGAGAUUGAGCUGGACAGACAAGAAUUGACCUAUAAGGAACUGCUCCGAGUGAGUUGCCAUGAGCUGGGUGUUAACCCUGAGCACGUACAGAAGAUCAGAAAAUUACCAAACACAAUGUUAAGAAAGGACAAAGAUGUUGCAAGGCUACAGGAUUUCCAAGAACUGGAGCUCGUUCUAACAGUAAGCGACAAAAACUUGCUUUUCAGAGUCCCAUCACUUUCUGAACGGAGUGGUUAUAACAAGAAGGCAUCAGAACUCACAUAUUAAUUGUUGAAAGAAUAAAACAAAAUAUUUGUAACUCUCAUUUUAAAAUUACAUUUGAAAUACAGUACUAUAAGGGCUAAUGAUGUGAAAAAAAAAAAUCUAUUUUGUUAACCUUGAAAUAAACUAAAGUUGUUACGCAGAGUUACAGCCUCUAGUUAAUCUAAGAGUAAUGCGUCUGAUCUGAAAGCAGUGUAAUGCAAAGGAAUUAUUGGUAGAAAUAUCUGUUAAUGAAACAUUUUUCCUUACAAAAAGAUAAUCUUGAAAUACUGCAGAGUUAGCAGCUCUCAGGGAAAGGCUUACCUUAAACUGUUCUAGUCAUUUGUUUGCUAUAAAAUAGCAGAGGUACUCAAGCUAAAGAACCUGCCAUUAAACCCAUUUCAUAUUUGUACCAAGUCCAUUCCCAUUCACCUUCACUUUUUAGAUCUUGUGUUUUAAGUCAUAUCUUAUUUAGAAGAAAAAAAACCAGAAGGGUUUAAAUCUGUGUGAGAAGCACAAAACUAUGUCUAGUUUAAAUACUGUCAAGUGACUUAACUACCUGUGAUUUCUUAAUCCCUGUUUACAAUUUUCCCUAUUUCUCAGGUUGAAAAUAAAAAGUGGUAGUAGUUGUCCAAAUCAUAAGUAUGCUUUCAGCCAAAAUCCCUUGUAUUGUUGUCUGUCAAUAUAUAGUAUUGACAUAUGCAAUUUGAAAUACUAUUUUUGUUACUGUAUUGACAACACAUUUCUCCAAUGCUGCUUUAAUUUCCCCUUUUAAAAGCACAAAAAAUUGUAAUUUUGUAAUUUUAUUUUCCGUUUACCUCGACAUUCCUGAGAAAGGUUGCCUCUUGAACCUUUAAAGUUGCCUGUGUAAAAAGAAACUAGUGAGAAGCCCGGGUUUUCUGGGCCAGUAUUAAAUCUUGAUGUUCCUAUGCAAUGUAUUCUUGUUUUUCCCCUGAUAACUUGUUUACCCAUGUUGUUUACUGAAAGAAAAAAAAUUAUCACUUUUCUGUUCCUGUUACUUAAAAGUCAGAAUUAGACUACUUUGCUAUAAAAUUCUGGAAUAAAUAAAUUGAAAAGUAUUUGA